AUGGGUACUAGUGACGGAGAUUUCAGCAAUCUCUCUCAUUCAGACCAUCAAUCUCGCGUCUUCAAGCCUUCGAAAUCUAGCAGCAAUGCGAAUACCAAUAAUAAGCCAUCAGCCUAUUUGCCACACUUAUUCACUGGCACCACUAAUAAUCCUGACGAUGAGCACGCGCUUAACGCUGAUGACUACGAUUGGGCAAUGUUCAUCUCAGCUUAUGCAGCCGGUAGAUGGGAUCCCUUCGAAAUUCCCAGACCUCCUCUCAAAUCUGCUUCUUCACUAUCUGUUGAUAGCCGCAGAACUUACUCAGCUCAUCGAGCUUUAGAUAAAAUUGAUAGACUUAGCACCACAAGGAGAAGGUCGUCUAUAAAUGAAGCUGACAUUCCUACAACUCCUUCUAAUUUAUUAGAUUCUCAUUCUCCCUCUCAUGCAGCCCCCAAAUCUGGUCAAAUUACUCACUCUGCUCCAAUGUCCCAAGCAAAUUCUAAUGCUGAAAAUGCUAAUGACCACGCUAAUGGCUUGGAUGCUCCCAUUUAUCCUUUGAAUUUGACCUCUCCUCGUCAAAAUUCAGCUUAUGGUGCUGAUUUGGCCGUACAAGUUGCAACUCACUCUCUCGUACAACAUUCUGACGAAAAGGCAAAGAAUCAGUUCAAAGGAAUUCAUAAAGAGGAUGAAAGACCGUCUAGUGCCCCAAAUGGCACUCAAAAACCUCCCCUCUCUUCUCAGGAUACCAGCCAGGGCUACUUUGAUUAUGUAUCGCCAAAAAAUCAAGAACAACCAGCUCCUAUAGCACCAAUUAAACCACCUGAGCGUCAUUACUCUUUUGAAUCCAGUGUGUCAACGGACACUUCCACACCAACCAAUACUCGGCCUCAAUUGCUCAACAGAGAGGACAGUGAUCGAACAGUGAUGAACGAUGCAGGGCUUUCUCAGAAUCCCGACUUUGAUAUAGACAGGCUAACCCAGGCCUUUGACAAUCAGGCUAUAGGCUCCACCUCACCCUCAGCAGCGUCCGCAAAAGCACUACCAGUUGAAAUGAGUUCAAUAAAAGACUCUAUACCUUCAAGGCUGAGUUCAGAUCGCAUACAGCAAUUAGCUGAGCAGCAAUUCGAUGAACUCACCUAUUUGGUGCCUCCACUUCCCUUGAACGAAGACGCCAGAAGGAAGGAGUUGUUUAAAUUUGACUUAUUGAGAGGCACUCCAGAUCUUUCUUUGGACAGGAUACUUCAUUUAGUAAAGCUGGUUUUUCAGACCAAGUGCGUCGUAAUUAGUUUGGUGAAUGGAGACACUGUGUUACUCAAAGCACACACUGGAUAUGAAGAAAUGUUUGAGACGGAUGUUAGAACUCAAGAGCCAAGAAAUACUGCAAUGAGUUCACAUGCUAUCUUGCAACAAAAUGAUGAACCUCUUGUCAGCUUAGAUUUGACUAAAGACUGGAGAUUUUCUAAAAAUCCAUCCUUCUCUCCCAAAGCAAAGUUUUACGCAGCUGCUCCGAUUAGAACAUACAAUGGUUACAACAUUGGUGCACUAGCCUUAAUCGAUUCUCAACCAAGAACUGAGUUCACACCGAGACAGAGGCACACUCUGAAGGAGUUUGCAGCCAUUGUUCUGCGUGAAAUGGAGCUAUGGAGGGAUAAAUGCCAGAUGAGAACUAGAGACUUGAUCCAAAGUUCGAUGGAACAAUUCAACAGAGAUAUCUUAGAAAUGAAUUCUGCCGGUAAUGCUAAAUCAAGAAACGUCAGUGAUAUGCAAAAGGUAUAUGAUAAGGCUGCAAAAUUAAUCAAAGAUACUCUUGGUGUUGAAGGUGCUCUGGUUUUGGAUAUUUCUCAGUUCGAGGUCGCAGAGAAUCUAGGUGAUGAUAAUGAGCUUUAUAUGCCGGAUCCCGUCACUAAGUCUUCUCAAAGAGAAACACCCUCACGGACGACGUCGUCAACUAAUAUCAACAUGAUGGAUAGGCGAAGCAAAUCUCAUACGCAGCGGCCACCGCUAAACAAAACCAACACUAGUGAUACUUACGCACGCUCUAUUCCAAUCCUGGCUGCUUCAGAGGAUGGUCCUAAACCUCUUACUCGAUUCCAUCCAGUCAGUGAGGAGAACGCUGAAAAGCUGGCAUGGUUUUUGAAACGUAACCCCGAUGGUUACAUUUUCGAUUACGGGUUGAUUCCGGGAGUUUUCAGGCAGUUUGUCGGUGUCAAAGAGAAGUACGGUAUGGCGAUAGUACCAAUCUUCAACCUCUCGAAUGAUAAGGAUGGUCCAUUUGCACUACUUGUUGCUUACACUGGCGAUCGCAAGCUUCUUCUUGAGGGUUAUGAAAUACAGUUUUUACGCGCGAUGGGUGUCAUCAUAUUAUCUGCUGUUCUCAAGGAGAGAAUAUUACUGGCAGACAAAGCAAAGCAGAACUUUAUCAGCAACAUCUCGCAUGAAUUGAGAACACCGCUGCAUGGUAUCCUCGCAGCUGCGGAGUUGCUUCAAGAUACAGAGUUGGAUGAGGUGCAAGUGGAAUUUUUGGACACUGUCAAAGCAUGCGGCAGGUCUUUAAGUGAAACCUUGAAUCAUGUUCUUGACUUUACAAAGCUUUCUGGAUCGAAUACGAGCGCAGGUGUUGAAAGGGGCAUUAGACUUUCUAAAGUCAAUCUCAAGAGUCUGGUAGAAGAGGCUGUGGAGAGUACGAUUAUCGGAUACAGGGGUAAAUUUGCUGCGUCGAAUGAAGGUCUUGGUGAUAUCUACGCUCCUCCAUCUAGUUCUUCAUCCUCACCUUCGCUCACUUCCCAAAAAGUCGAUCAAAUAACAAAAGCCAUUCCGGUGGAAAUACUCGUCGAUGUCCAGUUCAGAUCAAAUUGGUUUUGCAAAUGCGAGAAAGCGGGUUUGCGAAGAGUUUUGCAGAAUUUGGUCGGCAAUUCACAGAAGUUCACUAAACAUGGUUACAUCAUGAUCGUUCUCCGCGAAGCUCCUCAUUCACCAGGCGCCAAGAAGAUACCGAUCGAAUUGAGUGUCAUCGACACAGGUAAGGGUAUGUCAAAGAGUUUCUUGGAUAGCCAAGUGUUCCAGCCAUUUAGUCAAGAGGAUCCCUUACAAGCUGGUACGGGAUUGGGAUUGGCCAUCGUCAGCUCGAUCAUCAAGUCACCCUCUGUCAAUGGACAGGUCGACAUCAGAAGUCGUGAAGACUUUGGUACGGAGAUCAAGCUGACUAUUCCGAUUGAAAUCAUCGAUGAUGGUAGUGGGGAAGAAAAGACUACUGACCAAGCGAACAUCGUCGAGAAAUUGGGUUACAGUCCAAAUUGGAAGUUGAAAGUAUCCAUGCACGAUUUCGAUACUUCAUCAAUUGGUGGACAAGCACUCUACAACGUUACGUCUAAUUACUUGCAGAAUUGGCUUGGAUUGGAGUGCGUUAAUUCGACCACACAGAACAACUACCACGGCGAUAUUCUUGUGCUCAAUGAGAGUCGGGAUAAGUUGGUUUCUUUGAUUGACAAGCGCGAUGCACGCAAGCCGAUCGUCUUAAUCUCUUCGUCUAGAGCCGACAAGCAACUGUACGGCGCCAAAGUUGAAUAUGAAAGAAUGGGUGGUAUUGCUAGGAUAAUAUACAAACCAGCAGGACCGACCAAAUUUGACUCAGUGAUGGUUACGCUGAUUGACAGUCUAGCCCAGCGAACAGGACAACAGCGCAGUGAAAAGAAGCAGGGCAGCAACGUCGAUUACACGGGAAGAAACCUGCCUAUGCCAUCACCUGCUGAAUCAUCGGGCUCUAGCAGAUCAGACUACUUUGGUGACGGAUCCGGAGAUCACUCUAAUGACAGUCCCAAGGGUGGUAAUGAUUCGUUUGAGAAAUGGAAAGACAACGUACCGGAGUUCGUCAGCCCGUCCAGUCAACGCAAACCUUCGACUGAUAGUAUGAUGUCUGUACAAAGAAGAAACUCUGACAAGUCGACAAACUCAAGCGCGACUCUGCCUACCAGACCAGGCAUGGCGCCUCGGAGUGUCACGUUUCACAAUACAACGGGUAACGUCCACAAUAAUAGCAGUAACAAUGUGAACCAACUCAAUCAGAACAAAUCGGUGUCAGGGAAUUGGUCAGCGUUUGCUUCUAGCUCGAAGGAUACGCAAAGCAGCUCACCAUCAACGCCUGGUUCAACUAUUAGUAUUUCUGGCGCAGGUGCUAUACUCAAGACGAGCACUGAGGAUGAACCCGUCAAGACACACGGUGAGCCGUUUAGAGUGCUUUGUGUUGAUGACAACGCUGUCAAUCUUAAUCUGUUGACCAAGUUCCUCAAGAAGAAGGGAUGUGAAUAUGUCGAAGCAACAGACGGAAAGCAGGCAGUGGAUAUUAUGGAGGCCAAUUCCCCUGGUUACUUCUCUGUGAUUUUGAUGGAUGUCUCGAUGCCGGUGAUGGAUGGCCUCCAAGCCACGAUUGAAAUCCGCAAAAUAGAACAGCAGAGGAGGAAAGAAAUGCGCGAGAGCCGAGACAAAUCAUUGCAAAAAUCAUACCUCACCGCUAAAGAGGGCGAGGUAACACCACCUGCUAAAAUAUUCGCAUUGACUGGUUUGGCCGCUAAAGAGGAUCGUCGAAGGGCAUUUGGAGCUGGUGUGGAUGGAUACUUGAUCAAACCUGCAUCAUUCAAAUCUUUGGAGCUUCUUCUAUCUCGAAUUGGUGUUAGCAAAAAGGUACCGGCACCAACACCACCUACUACUUAA